AAUUCCUUUGGAAAUGUGAUACGAAGUUUACACUUCAUUGAGAAACGUCCAUUUUCAUUUUUCGAUCCAAGUUCUCGCGCUUGCCGUUUAGCAACAUAACCUCAAAAUCAGCGUGCCGUGAGGAUGUCGAGGAUGUUGUUUUUGCUUUUGUAAGUUCCUACUACAGAUCGAAAAAGGAAGAAAAUAUAUAGACUGGGAUCGUUAAAUCAUAAAGAAAAAUGCACAGAAUUCGAAUAAUACCUGUCAAGCCUAUACUGAUGCCAACCAUGAAAAAUUAUUUAAAUCAGGGAUCAGCAAAUCUUUUGGAACUGGUGACACCAACAUGUGCUUUGGUUGUUUGCUCCACGAGGAAUCUACACUCAACGAGGCCUUUUUAUACUUCCGCAAAUAGGACUUUAAAUUUUCCUGGAGUUAUUGCCCAAAAAAUUCGGAGCACGAUGAGUUUUUUUAAUCCUAAUAAAUAUAGAUUAAAAGCCACAGGAUCGUUUUUAUACGAAGAAAUUGCAGAUACCAUAGAUUAUAAUCUGUUUUAUAAAGAAUUUUCGAUGCCCGACACUUUCUACUCGUGGUUCGUCAUUACCGAACUUCACGUGUGGAUGUUGAUGGUUCGUUGCAUGUCUGAAGGAGUUGAUGGCCAAAUCGUUAGAAAUUCUAUCGUGCAAGCUAUGUGGGACGACGUGAAUCAAAGAACGAAAAAACUGGAAACUGCAGACACUAAAGUGAUUGCCAGCGUAGUCAGGAAGCAAGUUCAACUGCUCUCGGAGCAAUUUAAUGCUUGCAUAAUAGCUUAUGAUGAAGGAAUUACCGGCGAUGAUAAAGUUUUAGCUGCAGCCCUUUGGCGAAGGUUCCUUCAGUCAGAAGGCAAUGACCCAGUUAAACUUGAGCAACUAGUACAUUAUGUUAGAAAACAGGUCUAUAUACUGGAUAAAAUCACCUGGUCUGAAUUAAUAACGAAACGUUCGAUCACCUGGCAGGGUCUCGAUUUGCUUCAACCGAAUUAAGAAUAGAAAAUAGACAGUACAAACUAAACGAUAAAAACCGUAGUAUUGAUGAGGCGUGUGCACUAAUAAAAUGUAAGCUUCGCGUCUAUCGUGUAAAUAUGAACCUCUGUAAAUAAUAACGCAACGAUCAGGUUUUUUUAUUAAUACUAUGCUCAAGUUUUAAUAUGAUAUUUAUUUAUUG